GAAUAUUCAAAAAGAAAUGUCUCCAUUAUUAUUUAAUUUCCAUUUAAUCUUUACUUUAACAAUUAUUCAAAUAAUUCCAACUUUAAUUAUUGGAACAACAAAAGGGGAAUCCAAAAAUAAUAUAAAUUAUUUGGAUCGAAAUGCCUUUCAAAUGAAUUUUGGAAAAAGGCAGGAACAAAAUAAUGAAUUAAUUAAUUCAUUACAAAAAUGGCCACAAAUGGAUGGAAAUACAUUUAGAAUGAGCUUUGGAAAGAAAAGCUCUUUGAUGCCAUUUAAUGAUGAAAGAGGAAAUUUACAACGAGAGGAAAUACUUGCGCAUUCAAAUAUCGCCAUUCCCCUUUUAUUUGAUUUGAGUGGUCCUGGACUUUUAAACUCAGUCUCGAGUGAAUUAGCUGAAACAGAAAAGAAGCCGCAACAAAACAAACAAAUAAAAUUUACAAGAAAACAAACUUGGCCUACUCGCUGGCGUGCCAGUUUAUUCCGGAAGAGGCUUGAUCGUAACCUUUUCAAUGUUGGAUUUGGAAAAUAA